ACCUUUUGCAGUUUUUCAGCGGUUGUACCUCGAAACCUCAGCGUUUGCAAUCCGGUCUGGGCCCACGGCGUGGAUUCCCGUCGUGGGGCUCGAGGAGAGUCGGACAUUCUGCGUGACAGCGCCCCUGACCGUGUGUGCAGUGAGCGGCUGAGACUGGGAUCCCGAGGCUGGAAAGCCAGCUUCUCAGGAAGCAAUGGCUACCGAGAGUGCUUCUUCAGAAAUCAUAGACAGACAAAGAACCAAGUUGCUUAAUGUCCUCCAGCAAGACCCGGAUUCACUCUUGGACACGUUAACCUCUCGGAGACUGAUUUCUGAGGACGAAUAUGAGAUGCUAGAGGAAAUUACAGAUCCCUUGAAGAAAAGCAGGAAGCUGUUAAUUGUGAUACAGAAGAAGGGAGAGGAGAGCUGCCGUUCUUUCCUCAAGUGUUUGUCUAAUGCAUUUCCAGAGGCAGCUACCACGUUGGGCUUAAAGCAGGAAGUCCCACAGCAGGCGACUGAAGAGGCCUGGUCUCCAGGGCUGAAUAGGGUUGUAGCAGAUCGCUUUUCCCAGGGGAAGAAAACCCCGGAGAAUGAAGAGAUUACAGAGCUCUAUGAAGAGAAAGAAUGUGUGGAUUGGGAGACACCUGAGUCUUUCACAUAUGAGGAAAGUAGUGGUGCUCGGGAAACUGCAGGCUCCUCUGGAGAGAGUGAGCAUUCACUUGGAAGUGUUGAGUAUGAAGCUCCGAGUAUGACAUACUUAAAUGAUGGACAGAGAUACGAGGAGCCAGACAAUUCUCUGUACUUAGAAGGGGAAUAUCAAGAGUCUGUUGGGUACCCUGAAGAUGUGGAGACCAUUGUGGAGGAAGGGGCCUUUGAUGACCUAGAGUGCUUUGUAUAUGAUGGGGAACGUGAGUAUGAAGAAACUGUGGGGCUUUCUAAUGAAGAAAGUAGUUGUGAAGCUUCAGAAAGCGGCAUUUCAUUGGAAGAGGAAGAGAAAAGCACUGAAGAAAGAAAAAGAGUAUUUCACCAUGUCCUCUCCUGUUUGAACAUGGAUAGAAGCAGAAAGCUUCUCCCAGAUUUUGUGAAGCAGUUUUCCAUAGACCGAGGAAGUGAGUGGACACCCUCAGCUCCAGGAGACUUAGCCUGGAGUUUCCUGAUGAAAGUUCAGGCAUUAGACCUGACAGCCAGAGAUUUUAUCCUUAGGCCCAAGAUGGUGGAUGAGGAGAGCAAAGGGGAAUUGCUGGCUGGAAUAGAGAAUUUAGAAAUUGGAGACAUACAAACUGUUAAUCCCCUUGAUGUCAUGUGUGCCUCCAUGCUUUGUUCGGACAUCUCUUUGCAACGUGAAGUCAUGUCAAACAUGUUCCAGUGCCAGUUCGCCCUUCCCCUGCUGUUGCCAGAUGCAGAAAACAACAAAAGCAUCUUAAUGGUGGGGGCUAUGAGAGACUUAAAGCCAUACCCAGUGCAGUCCUCAGGAAAGCCCUCUAGGGAAACGGAAAAUUUUCUGACUCCCAUGAAGAUGCCUGUCAUCUCUUUUGUGCGACUAGGACACUGUAGCUUCUCCAAGUCCAGAACCCUUAACACACUGCUCAGCUCCUCUCAACAGAAGCCACACAAAAUCUUUCUCCAUCAGGAUCUAUCUGUUCCUGUGCUUCCUCGGCAAAUUUCUGGUGGCCUGGUAGAGGUAACGUGGUGUUUUCCUGACAACAAGGAGAUAAAGGAAAGCCCUCCUGUUUUCCACAAGCCUGUUGCUGUGGCCAACCUGCGUGGAGAUCUUGAAAGCUUUUGGACACAAUUUGGUUUUCUGGUGGAAGUUUCCUCAGCCGUUUUCUUUUUCACUGACUGCCUUGGUGAGAAGGAAUGGGACUUGCUGAUGUUUUUAGGAGAAGAUGCUAUUGAAAGAUGCUACUUUGUCCUCAGUCCCCAGGCCAAGGAGAGUGAAGAGGCCCAGAUUUUCCAAAGGCUCCUGAGACUGAAGCCGGCACAGCUACUGUUUUGGGAAGUGGAUGAAGCUGGGGAUAGAAGGAAGACGAUGGAGGUCCUUCAAGCUGCCCUCCAGGAAGUAAUGACCUCUUCACUCAGAUGUGUAUCCCUAGAAGAUAUGGCCUCUCUGGCCAGGGAGUUGGGGAUUCAGGUAGAUCAAGACUUUGAAACUACUCAAGAUAUUCAAGUUUUCUCUAGAACAGCUGACAGUGAGAACCAACAAACAGAUAGUCAGAUAAAAAGCCCAUCUGAAAGCCGAGCUCAGGUGCCAAUCAAAGACCCUGGGGCCCAGCUUGGGGAGAGCCAGGGUGCUCAGAACCUGCACCAGACUCUAGGAUUCAUGCCUCAACUGGUCCACCCAUGGCCCCUGCCUAACACACUUGGAAGUAACUUUUACCAUGUUUCCUUGAAAGCCCCCUCUGUUCUGAGCUCCCACUUUGGGUCACAGCAGAGAGCUAAGUGGUUCUCUCCUUUGCCUCAUCAGAAUACAGGGGUUCACAGAGGAGGUGAAAGCUUUGGUAAUCAGCACUUCCAACCCUGGAGAUUUUAUUCACAGCAAAGAUUCACGAACUUUUCAGGAACUUCUCAGGGGUAUCAUUCGAGUAGAACACAUGGGAGAUCACAAAGACAGACCCAUCCUGAGAGCCUACAGGCAGAGAGAACCCUUCAAAUGCCUGGGACAGUUGUCUCUCCUUUGGGCCACUCACAUUCUCCAGGCUCACAAGCAACAAAAGCAGCAGGGAAGCCACAGCCUGGGAAAGCCUGUGCCCAAGGGAUGCAGCUGAGUGAUACAACUAGAAAACCUAUGAGGACAGCAUCUCAUACUAAGUACCCUCAUCCUCCUUCAUCCUGUCAGCCAGCAGGAGUCAUUCAUGAAGGAAAAAUACCAGUUCCUCAUCAAGGAUCUCAACGGCUGACAAAGGGAAGGCCUUCAGAUCCAGCUUUCCAAGCCGGGUCUCAGCUUUCAUCUACCUCCCAGAUCAGUCCCCAUCCACCCAAGUUCCAUGUGAAACAUGUCAAACCUAAGCCCAUUCAACCUUCUCAGAAAAAAAACCCUCAUCCCCAGCCCUCCCAAGGUAAACCCACCCACCCCCAGUCCUCCCAAGCUAAACCCCCUCAUCCCCAGCCCUCCCAAGCUAAACCCACCCAUCCCCAGUCCUCCAAAGCUAAACCCCCUCAUCCCCAGCCCUCCCAAGGUAAACCCCCUCAUCCCCAGCCCUCCCAAGCUAAAACCCCUCAUCCCCAGCCCUCCCAAGCUAAAACCCCUCAUCCCCAGCCCUCCCAAGCUAACCCCCCUCAUCCUCAGCCCUCCCAAGCUAAAUCCUCCCCAUCCAGACCUACUCAGUUUAAGCCACAUAAACCCCAUCAGUCCCAAUCUAAGCCUUUUAAACCUACAUCUACCCAACAUACGUCGUCCCAGACCAAGCCUUCAAAGGCCAAGGCCUGCCAUCCAAGAACAGGGAGACAUUAAUGAACAUACCCCAGAGAGCCAGGAAGUAUGUUUUUUGCUUAAGCUAUUCCUCUCAUAUAACAGUGUGAAGGAGAGUUUCAGUGAAAGUCUGAUAAAAUGAGCAAAACAAAAAUUAUGCAAAGUCUAAGUGCAUAGUGAGGUAUCUAAAUGUGGAAAAUAUGAAAGCAGUUAAGAGUAGGACAUGGAGGCACACACCUGUAAUCCCAGCACUCUUGAGGCAAAAGCAGUCAGAUCUCUGUGCUUUUGAGAUCAACUUGAUCUACAUAAUAACAUAGAAAGUUCUAGAUCAGCCAGAAUACAUAAUGAGAUCCAGAGAGAGAGAGAGAGAGAAUAGGAUCUAUCACCAAGCCAACAAGAUCAGUCAGCAUUCCAGAAGGCAUCAUUAGACUCAGUGGGUUUCCGAAAACAAAAAUCCAAAACUAAACAGGAAAGAGACCCAGUGGGAGGGGCCAAGAUCUGGGAUGGAUAUGAUCAUGGCAUACAUGUAUGAAAUUGUCAAAUAAUAAAUGCAAGAUGGAAAAAGAAUAGGAUCUGAGGAUACAUAAAUGAAUUGAAUCCAACCUGCCUUAUUAGGUAAUGUGUGAUUUGACCCCAGGGGAUGAAGUCUGUGGGAUAUCUCUAUGUGUGAAGAAUGGAAUUACAGUGUAAUUGCAAAGUGAUGAAAAUACGGAACUCACAGUGUCUCACUGUUGAAGAAAACUGCUUCCUGGGUGCCUUGGUUGUGGGUUCAGUACCAGCAACUGAGCAGAGACCCCACACUGUUGGACAGUUAAAGCUACUUGUUUGUGGUAAUAGACCAAAUUUUAACACCUGAUAAGACUGUCUCAGUUGACCCUUACACAUGGAAAUAAUGAAUGGUCAACGAAACUCAUCAUUUUACAUAAAGUUUGGGACUGAUUUAUGUGUGUUUCAUACUUUGUAUACAAUAGCUAAGAAAAUUUACCUCACUAGAUGUUCUGAUAUUAGUUUAGUUAUUUGAAAUCAGAAAUGUGUCAGUGAGUUUUUAAUUUUAGAGUGAAGUUAAAGAAUUUAUAAAGGGUAUAAGUAAUGUUUGAGAAGACAUGGUUCAGAGGAAUUAUAAUUUUUGUAAAUUUAUAUUGUUCUGAACAUUUGGAUAACUUCUGCUAGUUAGCAGUGUUAAAUAAAAAGAAUAAAGUCAAACUAGAUAUUUAA